AUGGCCGCUCUUCGGUCCCGCCAGGCGAGGAGGUACAUGCCAUGCCAAAUGUCGAAUACUGACACGACGCAGACGGCCCAGCGCUGUGUCACCCAACGACAGCGCCUUCGUGAAGUGUCGGUCCAUGUGGACACCGUAUUUGACACCAUCGACACGCCCCCACGUUGCGGGGAUCUGUCAGAUGAUGCAAAAGCGUGGAGGGAUCGUCCGCAACGUCCCGAACUCGGACCGGUCGCGAUUGAUCUGGCCCCCUCGCGAAUCGACAGUUUGACGGUUGUACGCGUCCACCCCCAGGCCUCCCCAGACUGCAUCGCGGGUUCAGAUACGCGGGAGCGAGAUUAA